CUCGAUCGUCACUCAGAAGACAGUAAAACAUGCACCAACGAAUGAGCAAACCACCAGUCAAGUCUACCAUUUUCUAUUCUCUGUUUUAGCUAUAUUUAUACAGCAACCAACCCUAGAUAUGUAUCCUCAAUUGCUCGUCUUUUCCUUUGCCCUUUUGGCUAUUUUCUUUCUUUCAAGAGGCGCGUUCCCUUUGCCGAUGCCAUUGAUCUGAUCAAUGAUUAUUAGGGGUCCAUUAAGGAGCACCGAGAAGUAGUAGUGGAGACAAUGAGGAAGCCUUGCUGUGAUAAGCAAGACACCAAUAAAGGGGCAUGGUCGAAGCAAGAAGACGAGAAGCUCAUAAAUUACAUUCGAAAACAUGGUGAAGGUUGCUGGCGUUCUCUUCCUCAGGCUGCAGGGCUCCUUCGUUGUGGUAAAAGUUGUAGGCUGAGAUGGAUAAACUAUCUAAGGCCUGACCUUAAAAGAGGCAACUUUGCUGAAGAUGAAGAGGAUCUCAUUAUCAAGCUUCAUGCACUCUUAGGCAACCGGUGGUCGUUGAUAGCUGGAAGAUUGCCUGGACGAACCGAUAAUGAAGUGAAGAAUUAUUGGAACUCUCAUUUAAGAAGAAAGCUUUUAAAGAUGGGUAUCGAUCCAAAUAACCAUCGGUUGAGCCACAAUUAUUUGCUUCCUCAGCGUCCCGAGAAUCCACAUAAUUUCAAUACAUCAUCUGUUUCAAAAGUCCCAGCUACCAAUAAUAUUCAACCAGUGAAAUCCCGAUGUGACAAUGAUCAAAUUUCAGAUGCUGCAAGUUGCUUGGCGGAUGAGCCAUGCAGCCAGCUCCCUGAUCUGAACCUAGAUCUCACCAUCAGUAUUUCAGCUUGUUCCGUUGCUAAACUUGAAGAUGACCAGGAACAAAACCACAAACAGUCCAACAUAUCAAGGGACCUAGAAUUCUCCCCAUCUCCCACACUUGUUCUCUUUCCAUGAUCGGUAGUCAAUUUGCUUGUCCGAAUUAAGGACAAAAACCAUUAACUAGGCCAGGUUUCACAUUAGCUGGGAAUAUUGUUUCCUUGUAAAUUAAAUUAGCUGUACACUUAAAAUCCAUUGGAACAACGUACAUGUAGCAAUAAGAGGCAUAAAUAUGCAUGCUUUAAUCUGAUAGAUCUGAAAAUAUUAUCUAUAUUUUUUUAAUUUCUUGUUAUUGCUCCUCUUUAUUGGUUUUGAUGCCCAGCAUUACUUAUUUGUUUCUUUGUAACAAGUAAAUUAAUAAUAUGCA